ACGACUGCACGUCACAUGUCCAACUGUUGGUCAAAACAUGGCAUUGACUUUUUAACCAAAACAAAGCGAAGGAAAGAUUAUAGAAAAGAAAACCCGCCUUUUGGUUUUGGCUCUCAGUCGCUGGAUCUUCUUCAUAAUCGAUAACCCGUUAAUCGAGCGCUUGCAGAUCGUUACGCAGAUUUGGAAAUGGAAUCAGAUACAGAACAUAAUCAUAAUGGCAGUAGCAUGAUGAUCGAGCAGGAUGUUCCACUUCCACAUAGCAAGCAGAUUGAUCCAUCAAAAGCUCGCUUUCCAUACUGUAUAGUAUGGACACCACUCCCUGUUAUUUCAUGGCUCCUUCCUUUUGUUGGUCAUGUUGGGAUAGGCAAAGAGGAUGGAGUCAUCCUCGAUUUUGCAGGUCCUAAUUUCAUCUGUGUAGAUAACUUUGCAUUUGGAGCUGUGUCUCGAUAUGUCCAAAUCAACAAAGAAAAGUGCUCCAUGACUCCCAAUCCUUCAACAUCAACCAUGUUCAGAACUGAAGAAGAGUAUAGACUAGUAGAAUCAGGAAGAAACCAAUACAACACAUGUGGAUGGGAUGAUGCCUUGAGAAAAAGCACACAAGAAUACCAACAUAAAACCUACAACAUCUUUACUUGCAACUGUCACUCAUUUGUGGCCAAUAAUCUAAAUCGGUUGGAGUUCCAGGGUGGCAGGUGGAAUGUGGUAAACUUGGCUGUAUUGAUCCUGUUGAAAGGUCAAUGGGUGGAUACAAAAUCUAUGGUUCGAUCUUGUCUUCCAUUCGUGUUCUUUUUCUUCAUUGGAAUCACCUUUGGAGGCGUAAGUUUUCUAACAUUUUUGUCAUGUUUUGCAUUUCUUGUUGUUGGAUGGUUUCUUUGUGGUAGUUACUGUUUCAAAAGCUUCAUACAACUCUAGUGACUCUUUCAUGUGGAUCUUUUUACACAUCUUAGUAUUUGUUACAUUUUUGGGAUC